GCCGCGGUGGGCAGCGGGCAGCUGGCAGCGGGCAGCCGGGGUGCGGCCACCAUGGCCGGGAGGACGCGGAGCGGAGAAGCGCUGCGGGUGGUGGCCCGCUGCCGCCCCAUGAGCCGGCGGGAGGAGGCUGCGGGCUGCGAGCGCGUCCUGGAGCUGGAGGUGAAGCUGGGCCGGGUGACCAUCCGCAACCCGCGCGCCGCGCCCGGAGAGCUGCCCAAGACCUUCACCUUCGACGCCGUCUACGACGCCAGCUCCAAGCAGGCGGAUCUGUACGACGAGACGGUGCGGCCGCUGGUGGACUCGGUGCUGCGCGGGUUCAACGGCACCGUGCUGGCCUACGGGCAGACGGGCACCGGCAAGACCUACACCAUGCAGGGAGCGUGGGGAGACCCCGAGACGCGCGGCAUCAUCCCCAGCUCCUUCGAGCACAUCUUCACGCACAUCUCGCGCUCGCAGAACCAGCAGUACCUGGUGCGCGCCUCCUACCUGGAGAUCUACCAGGAGGAGAUCCGCGAUCUGUUGGCCAAGGACCAGAGCAAGAAGCUGGAACUGAAGGAGAACCCCGAGACGGGCGUCUACAUCAAGGACCUCUCCUCCUUCGUCACCAAGAACGUGAAGGAGAUCGAGCACGUGAUGAACCUGGGCAGCCAGGCGCGCUCGGUGGGCAGCACCAACAUGAACGAGCGCAGCUCCCGCUCGCACGCCAUCUUCCUCAUCACGGUGGAGUGCAGCGAGACGGGGCCGGACGGCCACGAGCACAUCCGCGUUGGCAAGCUCAACCUGGUGGACCUGGCAGGCAGCGAGCGGCAGAGCAAAACGGGCGGCCCCGGCGAGCGGCCCAAAGAGGCCUCCAAGAUCAACCUGUCCCUCUCGGCUUUGGGCAACGUCAUCUCAGCGCUGGUGGACGGCAAGAGCACGCACGUCCCCUACCGGGACUCCAAGCUGACCCGCUUGCUGCAGGACUCGCUGGGUGGCAACGCCAAGACCAUCAUGGUGGCCACCUUGGGCCCGGCGUCGCACAGUUACGAGGAGAGCCUCUCCACCCUCCGGUUCGCCAACAGGGCCAAGAACAUCAAGAACAAGCCCCGGGUGAACGAGGACCCCAAGGACACGUUGCUGCGGGAGUUCCAGGAGGAGAUCGUGAGGCUGAAGGCGCAGCUGGAGAGACGUGGCAUGCUGGGCAAGAAGAGGAGAAGGAGCAGCCGGAGGAAGAAGGCGGCUGAUGGGGAGACGGCGCCGGAGAACGAAGGGGAGGAUGACAAUGAGGAUGGGCUGGAGAAGAACAUGGAGAACUACCUGCAGGAGCAGAAGGAGCGGCUGGAAGAGGAGAAGGCCGCUAUUCGUGAUGACCACAGCCUGGUGAGCGAGGAGAAGCAGAAGCUGCUGGAGGAGAAGGAGAAGAUGAUCGAGGACCUGCGGAAGGAGCAGGAGGCCACGGAGCUGCUGGCCACCAAGUACAAGGCCAUGGAGAGCAAGCUGCUGAUCGGCGGCAGGACCAUCGUGGACCACACCAACGAGCAGCAGAAGAUGCUGGAGCUGAAGCGGCAAGAGAUAGCUGAGCAGAAACGCCGUGAGAGGGAGAUGCAGCAGGAGAUGCUGCUGCGGGAUGAGGAGACCAUGGAGCUGCGGGAGACCUACACAUCCCUGCAACAGGAGGUGGAGAUCAAGACCAAGAAGCUGAAGAAGCUGUACGCCAAGCUGCAGGCUGUGAAGGCGGAGAUCCAGGACCAGCACGACGAGUACAUCCGCGUGCGGCAGGACCUGGAGGAGGCACAGAACGAGCAGACACGGGAGCUGAAGCUCAAGUACCUGAUCAUUGAGAACUUCAUCCCGCCGGAGGAGAAGAACAAGAUCAUGAACCGCCUCUACUUCGACUGCGAGGAGGACCAGUGGAAGUUCCAGCCACUGGUGCCGGCCGGCGGGAACAGCAACCAAAUGAAGAAGAGGCCAACCUCUGCAGUGGGGUACAAGAGACCCAUCAGCCAGUACGCCCGCGUGGCCAUGGCCAUGGGAUCGCAUCCACGGUAUCGGGCUGAGAACAUCAUGUUCCUGGAGCUGGACCUCUCCCCUCCAGCAGUGUUUGAGUUUGAGCGGAGCCGGGAUCCGGCCGAACAGGACCCACGGGCUCUGCACCUGGAGAGGCUGAUGCACCUGGACAGCAUCCUGGAGCGGCCAGCAGCCUCCCGGGUGAGGAAGUCCCGCUCCUGGUGCCAGACACCACGGUCGCUGCCAUCCUCCACCACGCACGUGUCCCUCGCUGCUGGCUCCCCACGCACCUCUGUGACACCAGCACAGGAGUGAUGGCCCCAGGACCCCCGACCCCAGGACCCCUGACCCCAGGACCUUCCGGCCCCAGGACCAUGGCCACCUUCACCCCGGGGCUGAGCAGCGUCCCCAGCGGCAGCAUCCCACCGCCUUCAGCUACUUGUGUGCGCUGUGUGUGUGUGAGAUGCUCCCAGCAGCUCCGGAGUGAUGGGAGCUGCCCUCUUCAUCCUCUCUCCCCAACCCAUCCCCCUCUCCCCCCCCCCCCAGAUCUGGAUCUGUCACUUUAUUUAUUUAAUGUAUUUAUUUAUGGAGUGGUUGGCGAGCAGCUGGGACGUGCUCUCGCAGGACGCCGAGCUGAGUCAGCUCCGGUGCUCCGAGCCCCCUGGAACCCCAUUGGCUUUGACACAAGAUGAGGUGGCUUCGGACACUCCCUGCUGUGUUCAUUGGAUCCCACCAAGUUUGCCGUACAAUUCAUGCUCUUGGCAACUCCUACAAGACUUCGGAGACUUCCCAAUGGCAGACCCUUGUGCUGAGCCUGUCCAAGACCACAAAGAGCACUCCGGACUGCAUCGGUGCUGGUGGCAGUGAUGUCUCACUGACUUUGGGGCACCGCUGUUGCUCCACAAGUGCCAGCUCCGUGCAUCAAGUGGGCUGACAAAUUCACCAACCAAGUCAGCGCAGCACAGCUCUCUUCUGGAUAGUGCUGCACAGGGGUCACUCGGGGUCUGGAGAGCAUUUGGUGAUUUUAUGGAUUGUGGAGGGACAGCUAAUGGAUGUGAAACGGGUAAUGGAUAGGAGAGGGGCGAGCAGUGAGGCUCCUCUGUCUGGCACAGGGCAAUCUGAAACCCAUCGAAAGCAGCAUCUGCAGUUGCCAGGAGAUUGAGUUGUGCUGCAGCAUCCUGGUCCAGGAGGGAAGAUGUGGGUCUGCCAAGGGGUGGGUACUGGGGCUAGUCCCUGGGUGGGCAAGCUAAGAGAUUACAGGUGGGGGUGGUGGUUUCUGCACGCAGGACCUCAUCUAGCUACUAGGGAGGGUGGGAGGGGAACUUGCACUGAUGUGGGGAAAGCCUUGAGGGCAGAUGCUUUGGACUAAGUGUCACCAAAUGAGGCCAGGCUGGGGUAUGCUCCUCUCCUGCUCUACUGAGGUCUUCUCCCUUUGCCCUGUGCUGUCCUGCUUUGUGUUUUCUGAUCUUUGCUUCUGCUGCCAUCAUCCCUUAGCUGAAGUCUCGUCCCCCAGCCCAGAAGGCAGCAGCCAAGUUGAGGAGCUGUGGGUUGCUGAUAGUACUUGUUGAGUUCCCUUGGAGUGGCCAGCCAGGUCCUUGCAGAAGUUUCUGCUGUUAGAAGAACCACAGGAUGCUGUCUGGGGCAGGGUGGUGAAACGUCUCACAAGCUUGCCCUGAAAUCCUGCAUGUAGAAAGGAACUCAGUAGUGAAGGCUGCCACUUGGGUAGGGGAAGAAAUCCCAGGGAAGAAUGGUCAAGCAUCCAGCACCAGCCUUCUGCCCGACGUUCUGCCCAAACUUCCCACCUCAGGGAGCAGGUUUAGGAAGCUGGGUCUCCUCCAUGGCUGGUGGCGAGUUCCUUCUGCCUGCAGACACAUCCAUAGGUGGCAGGUGUCCCUGCAGCAUGCUGGCUCUGGAACUGUGAAACAAGUGGAUGAGAGACCCAGCUCCUUCCUUCUUUUUCAGGAUGGCCUCUGGGAUCGAAGGUCAGAAAAUUGAGAUCUAAGAAAGGGGAGAAGCUGUCUGCUUGGCAUGGUGGCAUGGCAGGGAUGGGUUGGUGGUUGGACUAGAUGAUCUUAGAGGUCUUUUGUGACCUUAAUGAUUCUGUGAUUCUAUGGCAGCCUGCAGGAGUAUUUUCUCCUCCCUUCCUCCUCAUUUUCCAGUUGCCCCAAGUUCAUUUACAGCCAGGCCAGCAGCUUACUGAGCCUGGGGAUGGGGAACCAGAAAAGCUCAGGAGCCGUUAGUUCUCCUUCCACUAUGCUGACCCCAGGCCAGGGAGCGUUGGGUGGAAGGAGCCCCAUGGGAAGCUGCUCACUGAGGAACAACAUCUUGGGGAAUGCUGAUCUCUGAGCAAUCCCUGCACACCAGGGCCUCUCAUGGUGGUCCUCCAGAAGUCACUAUGGGUUCCACCUGGAGGCUUUCCAGUGGGCUGGUGGCUGUGGGCUGCCCUGCUCCAGCUUUGGCUUCUGCCCACGUCCAAGCACUGCUUCCAUGCCUCCAUGGCGUGUGUAGGUCCAGAACCUCACUCUGUGUCUCCAUGCAUUGCUCCGACCUCAGCCUUCCAACGCAAAGCCCCAGGGGGGGCUCGGAGACGGGAAGGGGCGAGGGCGCCGCGGCACCUCCCCCACCCCGCAGCCUCACCGCGUCGCUGCAGCAACCUCAGAUGUAUAUUUGUAAUGUUCUUUGUUCUUUGUAUGUUGGUGCGUGUGUAUUUACAUAUGAAUGUGUGUAGGUGUGUGUGGGCGUGCGCGCACGCGUGUGUGUAGCCAAGGGAUCUAUUUACCUUCGAUGUGAGUGACUGUACAGGGGGGGCUGGUGGGCUUCUUUUCUUUCAAAUUGGGUUUUUGGGGAUUUUUUUUUAGUUAUUUUUUGAUUUCAGGUUCUUCUUUUUUUGGCAGGUGGGGGGGGGGUCUGUCUCGGAUUGAUUGACAAGGUGAGGGCCUUGAUUAGGACCAAAUUUUUGUGCCUGUUGCUAUGGUGAUCUAUUUAGAAAUCAAAAGUUUACUGUAUGGUGGCCCAUCCUUGUCACUCUAUACAUAUGAAUAUACAGGACAUAUUAUAAAUAUAUAUAUAUUAUACAUACUGUAUGGAGAGAGGUCAUGAAUCUCACCCCCCUCUGGCUUUGGAUGGACACCUCUUCAAUAUUCUGUAAUGUAGCUUGACUCAGUGCUGGACGCGACCAGAAAGCUCCAGCACUCCUCCAAAAACUGGCAAUGACACCAAUAAAAGAAUGAGCAUCAUUG